UUGUCAGAUGCCUCAGGUCAGUCAGAUAGGAUUUUUUGCAAUUGAACGGCUUCCCCGAGUCUAAUCAGCCGCCCCCUUCUUGCUAAAAUACUUUCGAAGUGCAUUGUUUACAUCACUCUUAAAUUAUGAUGGGGUUUCAAGCAAAAUCCGUGGCUUAUGCGUGGUAAUGUCUUGGUUAAAAUCUGUAAAAUCACACGAAGUUGUACGUAUACAUGCAGCCAUCAGUAAUCAAUUUUUAGACACUUAACUUCUUUGAUCUUUAUGGUUUCGCCAAUAAAUCUGGCCCAGGGUGCACACCAGUAAAGCAGUAAAAUGGUUACUUGAAUACUUGGGAUUUAAUGCUCAUGGAUGAAACUUCACUUGAGUAAGCCGGAAUAUUUGUAAGAUGAACCAAAGCGAAGACAGAACCCCUGAAGAACCACACCCAGGCUUCACUGAGGAGGUCAUAGAAAAAGAAAAAUUGUGGCGUCUAAUUAAUUUCAUGAGCUGUGUACAUAUGACAAAGUUUGUGAGAAAACUUGUCUGGAACCACGAAAUGCGAGUAUCUGAGCAACACGAUUGUCAAAUCCUUAGCAAACUGUUAAAAUGUAUCACAUUUGUGCAAGACAUGAAUCAGUGCACCAAAAUAUCUGAAGUUCUUGGAGACAAACUCAAAUAUGUUGUAAGCGAGAAUCUUGGAGAGCCGAUUUUAACCGGAAGCACAGAGGAAGGACUGGCCUUAUUUGGCCUUGAAAUUGUGGACAGUAGAACGGACUAUGACCGGUUGAAUUACGCAUUUCUACACGAUUUAGACAUUAUGUAUGAAUCUCACAAAAUGAUGGCAUACGAAAUUCAUUCGAUGUUCUUAACACCAUUUGAUGAAUCUGGAGUACUGCGUGUUUUUAUUCGGCCAGGAACAAGGGCAGGUUAUGUUACUUUGCAGAAACUGCUACCGGUAUCGAUUGUGUUAGAAACGAAGGACACACUUCUACAAUUUGCAAACGUCUAUCCUAAACCAGAAGAGUAUUAUGACCAAGAGCACUUCGCACUGGUAUACAUUUCUGUACUAGCUUUCUUGAUUGCGUCGAUGAGUGACUUUUCACCUCAAGAGUGCAGUUGUUAUUCUGCCAAUUUGGGAGGAUUAAACCCCAACAGGUAUGGAGAUUUGUGCUCUGCCUGUCAAAGUCUGACUUUGAGAGAAAUUCCACGGGGAGAAGGUAUUUCACCAACAAAAAUAUGGGCAGACCAGAUCAGGAUCAGAGGACCUUCUAUCGAAGAAAACGGUAUCAUCGAAAAUACUUCUGAACAUUCAGGGGCCACUGCUCCUAUUGAUGAAGCUGAAUAUCCAGGAAUCAACGUAAAACGAAGGCUUGCUGACGAACGUGAUACACAUGCUUCGCAAACUGUCAGACACUACUUGAGCGACAUAUUUUCAUCGCCAGAUCGAACAAAGUUUUACUUCGACCACGUUCCAGCAGUCAAGUGCUCCACAUGGCCAUGUGCAGCCUGGGAAUUUACAGUGCGCGAACGACCCAGUGGNAACCACACCCAGGCUUCACUGAGGAGGUCAUAG